AUGUUUAAUGCCCGUUCUUUUUCGUUUAGUCACUUCUAGCAUAGGGCCUGGAGUGAAGAACGAAAAGAAGAACAUAAGCCGGAAACAGCUGCCAAGUAACGCUUAUUUAUGGGGUUCCGCGAGGGCAGAGAAGUUGGAGGGCCCAGAAGGACAGCACUGCGAAGAGGACGCGGACGGAAGCUGCCACGCUGAAGGACCCCCAGCGGCCACCCCGCAGCUCCGCAUCAGCAGCACCUUCUCCCUGGCCGGCCCGGCCGGCGAUGCGGGGCAGGCGGAGCAGGCUUGGCGGCAGACGCGCAGCAGGAAGGCGAGGCUGGACUCCAAGCUCGGGGAGUCCGGGAACAAGUCUCGGGACAAGGCGGCCCCGCGGAAGCACCGAGCAGGCAACUCCAAGGCGGGGCGACACGUGUGCCAAGUGUGCGGCAAGGACUGGCCUUCAGCUUAUAAGCUGGAGGUUCAUGCGCGGAAGCACACUGGAGAGAAACCGUACGAGUGUGAUGUGUGCGGGAAGAAGUUCACGUUGAAGGUUAAUCUUGACGUGCACAUGAGGGUCCACACUGGAGAGAAACCGUUCGAGUGUGAUGUGUGCGAGAGGAAGUUUUUGACGAAACAAAGUCUUGAGUGGCACAUGAGGAUCCACAACGGGGAGAAGCCGUACAAAUGCAAAGUGUGCAAGAAGAAGUUUACUGUCAAGGGAACUCUAGUUGCGAACAUGAGGGUUCACACUGGUGAGAAGCCGUACAAGUGUGAUGCGUGUGAGAAGAACUUUUCUAUGAAAGAGAAUCUUAAGCGGCACACGAGGAUCCACAAUGGGGAGAAGCCCUACGAGUGCGACGUGUGCAAGAAGAAGUUCUCUGAUAAGGGUAAUUUUCAAAGGCACUUGAGAGUUCACACUGGAUAGAAGCCUUCCGAGUGCAACGUGUGCAAGAAGAAGUUCGCUGUGAAGGUUAAUCUUGAUGCGCACGUGAGGGUUCACACUGGAGAGAAGCCGUACGAAUGUGACGUGUGUGGGAAGAAGUUCACUCAGAAAGGUCAUCGUGAUUUUCACAGGAGGCUUCACACUGGCGAGAAGCCUUAGUUGUGUACGGAGAAGUGUCAAUUAGGUUUCGUUGUUCAAUGCACACGCGCUCAUUCAUGUGUGAUGCAAGGAUUUGAUUCGUUCGGCUUUCUGUCUUCGUGUAGGAGGGCCGACGCAAUGUGCCUGCGCUCUUUUUGGAUAGUUAUGGACAGGUUUUUUCGCGCCUCUUAAAUUUGUUUCUUUUCCAUUUAUCUGCUAUAUAUCUUGCCUAGUUAUUGCCCUUUUUUGUCUUAAACGGUUGUAACGUUUGCGGAAGGUUCUUUCUGUGGCAGUGCAUUGUAUUUUUUGUAUUCUUUCAUUUGUCAUGUUGCUUGUGGCCA